AUGAAAAUUCCUGAAGUGAAGAUGCCCAGCGUCAAGGUCCCCAAGGUCAAAGGGCCAGAAGUAGGGAUCUCUCUGCCAAAGGUUGAGGCUGAUAUCACCAUUCCCAAAGUAAAAGCUGAACUGUCUGAUGGUGCAGAGGUAAAAUUGCCAGAGACUGAAGGCACCAUCGACGGGGGAGGACUGAAGAUGCACAUGCCAAAGUUCAAGAUGCCCAGGAUGGGAUUUUCCAAACCAGACAUCAAGGGCCCCAAAGUUGAUGUGGAUGUCAGUAUGCCUAAAGUGGACCUUUCCCUUCCCAAAGCUGACCUCCAUGUUGAGAAACCUGAGGUGAAGGGAGGAAAUACUAUCAUAUCAGCACCUGAAGUAAAGAUUCCAACGGCCUCGGCCAGCCUGGAACUGAAAGCUCCCGACGUAGCCAUACAGCCUCCAUCCGGAAAGGUUUCUGUGCAGGGGCCCGAUGUCAAGCUGGAAAGUGGGGAUAUGAAAUUCCAAAUACCCAAGUUCCAUAUGCCCAAAUUUGGAAUUUCGCUGCCCAAAGGGACAGGUGUACCAGAGGAGGAAAUCGGCAUUCCUUCUGUGGAAGCAGACCUUUCGAAGACAGAAUUGAAAACGGAAAUAACACUGCCCUCUCCGCAGCUUGAAGCUAACCUUAAGCUGCCAGAAAUGGAGGUAGAUGCACCUAGCUUGGAUGUGGAGAUUGGACAUAAGGGCAAAAUCAAAAUGCCUGAAGUGAAGAUGCCUAGCGUCAAGGUCCCCAAGAUCAAAGGGCUAGAAGUAGGGAUCUCUCUGCCAAAGGUUGGGGCUGAUAUCACCAUACCCAAAGUAAAAGCUGAACUGUCUGAUAGUGCAGAGGCUGUAAAAUUGCCAGAGGCUGAAGGCACCAUCGAUGGGGGAGGACUGAAGAUACACAUGCCAAAGUUCAAGAUGCCCAGGAUGGAAUUUCCCAAACCAGAUAUCAAGGGCCCCAAAGUCGAUGUGGAUGUCAGUAUGCCUAAAGUGGACCUUUCCCUUCCCAAAGCUGACCUCCAUAUUGAGAAACCUGAGGUGAAGGGAGGAGACAUUACCAUAUCAUCAUCUGAAGUAAAGAUUCCAACAGACUCUGCCAGCCUGGAACUGAAAGCUCCCGACGUAGCCAUAGAGCCUCCAUCUGGAAAGGUUUCUGUGCAGGGCCCCGAUGUCAAGCUGGAAAGCGGAGAUAGAAAGUUCCAAAUGCCCAAGUUCCAUAUGCCCAAAUUUGGAAUUUCAGUGCCCAAAGGGACAGGUAUCCCAGAGGCAGAAAUCGGCAUCCCUUCUGUGGAAGCAGACUUACCCAAGACAGAAUUGAAAACGGAAAUAACAUUGCCCUCUGCGCAACUUGAAGCUGAUCUUAAGCUGCCCGAAGUGGAGGUAGAUGCACCCAGCUUGGAUGUGGAGAUUGGAGAUAUGGGCAAAAUGAAAAUUCCUAAAGCAAAGAUGCCUAGCGUCAAGGUCCCCAAGGUCAAAGGGCCAGAAGUUGGUAUCUCCCUGCCAAAGGUUGAGGCUGAUGUCACCGUUCCCAAAGUAAAAGCUGAAGUGUCUGAUGGUGCAGAGGUAAAAUUGCCAGAGGCUGAAGGCACCAUCGACAGGGGAGGACUUAAGAUACACAUGCCAAAGUUCAAGAUGCCCAGCAUGGGAUUCUCCAAACCAGGCAUCAAGGGCCCUAAAGUCGAUGUGGAUGUCAGUAUGCCUAAAGUGGACCUUUCUCUUCCGGAAGCUGAGCUCCAUGUUGAGAAACCUGAGGUGAAAGGAGGAGAUAUUACCAUAUCUGCACCUGAAGUAAAGAUUCCAACGGGCUCAGCCAGCCUGGAACUGAAAGCUCCCGACAUAGCCAUCGAGCCAGCAUCCGGAAAGGUUUCUGUACAGGGCCCCGAUGUCAACAUCAAGGGCCCCAAAGUCGAUGUGGAUGUCUGUAUGCCUAAAGUGGACAUUUCUCUUCCCGAAGCUGAGAUCCGGGUUGAGAAACCUGAAGUUAAGGGAGGAGACAUUACCAUAUCAUCAUCUGAAGUAAAGAUUCAAACAGACUCUCCCAGCCUAGAACUAAAAGCUCCCGACGUAGCCAUAGAGCCUCCAUCUGGAAAGGUUUCUGUGCAGGGCCCCGAUGUCAAGGUGGAAAGCGGAGAUAGGAAGUUCCAAAUGCCCAAGUUCCAUAUGCCCAAAUUUGGAAUUUCGCUGCCCAAAGGGAAAGGUGUCUCAGAGGCAGAAACCGACGUCCCUUCUGUGGAAGCACACUUGCCUAAGAAAGAAUUAAAAAUGGAAAUAACAAUGCCCUCUGCACAGUUUGAAGCUGAUGUUAAGGUGCCAGAAGUGGAGGUAGAUGCACCUAGCUUGGACAUAGAGAUUGGAGAUAAGGCCAAAAUCAAAACUCCUAAAGCAAAGAUGCCUAGCGUCAAGGUCCCCAAGGUCAAAGGGCCAGAACUAGGGAUCUCCCUGCCAAAGGUUGAGGCUGAUAGCCCCAAAGUUGGUAUGGAUGUCAGUAUGCCUAAAGUGGACGUUUCUCUUCCCGAACCUGAGCUCCAGAUUCAGAAACCUGAGGUGAAGGAAGGAGACAUUAUCAUAUCAUCUCCUGAACUGGAAAGCGGGGAUAGGAAAUUCCAAAUGCCCAAGUUUCAUAUGCCCAAAUUUGGAAUUUCGCUGCCCAAAGGGAAAGGUGUCCAAGAGACAGAAAUCGUUGUCGCUUCUGUGGAAACAGACUUACCGAAGACAGAAUUGAAAACGGAAAUAACAUUGCCGUCUGCGCAGCUGGAAGCUGAUCUUAAGCUGCCAGAAGUGGAGGUAGAUACACCCAGCUUGGAUGUGGAGAUUGGAGAUAAGGCUGAUCUUAAGCUGCCAGAAGUGGAGGUAGAUACACCCAGCUUGGAUGUGGAGAUUGGAGAUAAGGGCAAAAUGAAAAUUCCUAAAGCAAAGAUGCCUAGCGUCAAGGUCCCCAAGGUCAAAGGGCCAGAAGUAGGGAUCUCCCUGCCGAAGGUUGAAACUGAUGUUGCCCUUCCCAAAGUAAAAGCUGAGGUGUCUGAUGGUGCAGAGGCUGUAAAAUUUCCAGAGGCUGAAGGCACCAUUGACGGGGGAGGACUGAAGAUACACAUGCCAAAGUUCAAGAUGCCCAGCAUUGGAUUCUCCAAACCAGACAUCAAGGGCCCCAAAGUCGAUGUGGAUGUCAGUAUGCCUAAAGUGGACGUUUCUCUUCCCGAAGCUGAGAUCCGGGUUGAGAAACCUGAGGUGAAGGGAGGAGACAUUACCAUAUCAUCUCCUGAAGUAAAGAUUCCAACAGACUCAGCCAGCCUUGAACUGAAAGCUCCCGACGUAGCCGUAGAGCCUCCAUCUGGAAAGGUUUCUGAACACGGCCCCGAUGUCAAGCUGGAAAGCGGGGAUAGAAAGUUACAAAUGCCUAAGUUCCAUAUGCCCAAAUUUGGAAUUUCGCUGCCCAAAGGGACUGGUGCCCCAGAGGCAGAAAUCGGCGUCGCUUCUGUGGAAACAGACUUGCCGAAGACAGAAUUGAAAAUGGAAAUGGCACUGCCCUCUGUGGAGCUUGAAGCUGAUCUUAAGAUGCCAGAAGUGGAGGUAGAUGAACCUAGAUUUGAUGUGGAGAUUGGUGAUAAGGGCAAAAUCAAAAUGCCUGAAGCGAAGAUGCCUAGCGUCAAGGUCCCGCAUCUCAAGGGGCCAGAUAUAGGGGUCUCCCUGAGAAAAAAAAUUGAGGCCGAUAUCACACUUCCCAAAGGAAAAGCUGAAGUGUCUGAUGGCGGAGAGGCCGUAAAAUUGUCAGAGCCUGAAGGCACCAUCGAUGGGAGAGGACUGAAGAUACAGAUGCCAAAGUUCAAGAUGCCAAGCAUAGGAUUCUCCAAACCAGACAUCAAGGGCCCCAAAGUCGAUGUGGAUGUUGAGAAACCUGAAGUGAAGGGAGGAGAUAUUAUCAUAUCAUCUCCUGAAGUAAAGAUUCCAACAGACUCGGCCAGCCUGGAACUGAAAGCUCCCGACGUAGCCAUAGAGCCUCCAUCUGGAAAGGUUUCUGUGCAGGGCCCCGAUGUUAAAAUGGAAAGCAGGGAUAGGAAGUUCCAAAUGCCCAAAUUCCAUAUGCCCAAAUUUGGAAUUUCAAUGCCCAAAGGGAAAGGUGUCCCAGAGGGAGAAAUCAGCAUACCUUCUGUGGAAGCAGAGUUGCCCAAGAGAGAAUUGAAAACAGAAAUAACACUGCCCUCUGUGGAGUUUGAAGCUGAUCUUAAGGUGCCGGAAGUGGAGGUAGAUGCACCUAGUUUAGAAGUGGAUAUUGUUGAGGGCAAAAUGAAAUUGCCUGAUGUU